AUGAUUCAAAAGAGACGUAAAGAGAUGAGCGGUAAAGUGGAGAAUUUUGGCUUUGGAUUGUUGGACGCAGGGCUGAUGGUGCAGCAGGCCGCACACUUCCACACUAUUGCUCCACAGAGGAUGUGCACACAAGAAGUCACACUUCACCCCACCAGAAUCUUUUCUCCAGGAGCUGGAGUCAGCGUGAACAUCCAAUCAGAGGCCUGUCAAGGGAGGGCUAACGAGGUCAACACUCUGGAGCACGUCCAGGUAAGAGUGAGUAUCAGCGCUGCAUGUCGUGGUGACCUCUCCAUAAGCCUGCAGUCUCCAGGCGGUACAGUGUCAAUGCUGUUGGGUACGCGCCCCAACGACGCCUCCACCGCUGGCCUGAAGAACUGGACCCUGAUGACAGUGCACUGUUGGGGGGAGCAGCCACGAGGACUCUGGACCCUCCAGAUUUACUGUCCCCUCUGUGACCAAUUACCAGGGCCCAGUGUGUCGCAGAGACGGAGAGGAAGCACCGUGAAGCCGAGCCACACAACGGCGCCGCUGCUCAUUACCGGAGGGCCGAGACGAGUCACCGCGAUGCUCGCAACACGAAUUAGCGCUCGCAUCUGA